AUGUCUCUCUUCGCGAGAUGCCCAUGUGCGUCGGACAGCCCGGCCGACCUCAAUGUAGGGGAGGACGAUCUCGUCGAAGCAUCGUGCGACCCGGAUGUGGUUCCCGUGGUGCCCCGCUUGGAGAAGAUCGAAGAGGAGCCCAAAGAAGAGAAGAAGGACGCGCCGCCUGACGCGAAGCCCGACUUUUCAGGACAUUGGGUCCAAGUGGCAGUCGAAGGGGACUUCGAUGCCUAUUUGAAGAGUAUGGGCAUGGGUUAUGUGAGCCGCACCCUUGCAAAGAGCAUGGGCUACGGAGUGAAGAAAGUGCAGCAAGUCGUCGAGCAUGAAGGAGAGAAGUUCAAAAUGACUCUGACAAAUCCCAAAGGGACCAAAGUCUUUGACCUUCUCAUCAACAGUGCCGAGCAGGACUCCGUCGACCCGGUCGAGGACAAGCCCAUCAAGGUACAGCUCUACUGGGACAAAACAAGCUUGGUGAUGUCCAGCAGGUCGGAGAAGCCCCCAAAGGAGUUGGGGAAAACCCGACGAUACCUGCGAGACCAGGACACCAUCGUGGAGCUCGAAUCCCCGGACGGGGUCCGUGCGAAGCGAGUCUUUUCGAAAGCUAAGACCUGA